AUGUGCAAAGCGAGUGUUAAUGGAGUAAAAAGUAUUGGAGGAUGUAUUCUCCUUCUUGCCGAUUGGGCAUUCUGGCAUAUACCACUAAUUGCUCCUAUUAGUACUAUGGUUCCAUCUUAUCCAUAUGGAGUCAAGUUUGCUCAACGAGGUAUGUAUUACAACAAAAAUCCUCGUGCCUAUCUACAUGGAUAUCGAGACGCAUUUGAUCACAUGGUUCCGAAUGACUUUUUGUGGAUGCCAUACCCUGAAUACCCCCUUGUGUUCAUCGAGAUAGUCGUGUUUGGAGUACAACUACAUCUAUUAUAUGUUUUCAUAUUGUUGAAAUGCAUCAAGCGGAUAAGUCCUUCUCGCCAAAUACGGCUUCUUAUGGUACUAUCCACCUCCAUUGCAUGGAAUCCUCUUCCACCAAAUAUGGCUUCUACAGUGAUACCUCCAUUGCACAGGAAACUCUAUUCACCAAAUAUGGCUUCUAUGGUAGUACUUUCCUCUAUUGCAUAUAUUAGUAUCUACCAAAUAUGGCUUACAUAG